UCCUGUAGUAACAGCCGCCGCUGCCGCCGCCGCCGCCGCCGUCCAGAGCAGUCAGGAGCCGUCAAGAGCCCCGGCCCGGAGCGACAGCCGCUGGCGCUCCGCAGCACCAGGUGAACAGGCAUGGCGGGCUGGAUUCAAGCCCAGCAGCUGCAGGGAGAUGCGCUGCGCCAGAUGCAAGUGUUGUACGGGCAGCACUUCCCCAUUGAGGUCAGGCACUACCUGGCCCAGUGGAUCGAGAGCCAGCCAUGGGAUGCUAUUGACUUGGAAAAUCCCCAGGACCGAGGCCAGGCCACCCAGCUCCUGGAGGGCCUGGUGCAGGAGCUGCAGAAGAAGGCGGAACACCAGGUGGGGGAAGAUGGGUUUUUGCUGAAGAUCAAGCUGGGGCACUAUGCCACGCAGCUCCAGAGCACCUAUGACCGCUGCCCCAUGGAGCUGGUUCGCUGUAUCCGGCACAUUCUGUACAACGAACAGAGGCUGGUCCGAGAAGCCAACAACUGCAGCUCCCCUGCUGGUGUCCUUGCUGACGCCAUGUCCCAGAAGCACCUUCAGAUCAACCAGACGUUUGAGGAGCUGCGGCUGAUCACUCAGGACACAGAGAACGAGCUGAAGAAGCUGCAACAGACCCAAGAGUACUUCAUCAUCCAGUACCAGGAGAGCCUGCGCAUCCAAGCUCAGUUUGCCCAGCUGGCUCAGCUGAACCCCCAGGAGCGCAUGAGCCGGGAGACAGCCCUCCAGCAGAAGCAAGUGUCCCUGGAGACCUGGCUGCAGCGAGAGGCACAGACUCUUCAGCAGUACCGAGUGGAGCUGGCUGAAAAACACCAGAAGACCCUGCAGCUGCUGCGCAAGCAACAGACCAUCAUUCUGGACGACGAGCUGAUCCAGUGGAAGCGGCGGCAGCAGCUGGCCGGGAACGGGGGUCCCCCCGAGGGCAGCCUGGAUGUGCUGCAGUCCUGGUGUGAGAAGCUGGCCGAGAUCAUCUGGCAGAACCGGCAGCAGAUCCGCAGGGCCGAGCACCUCUGCCAGCAGCUGCCCAUCCCAGGCCCCGUGGAGGAGAUGCUGGCUGAGGUCAACGCCACCAUCACAGACAUCAUCUCAGCCCUGGUCACCAGCACGUUCAUCAUCGAGAAGCAGCCUCCUCAGGUCCUGAAGACCCAGACCAAGUUCGCGGCCACCGUGCGCCUGCUGGUGGGGGGGAAGCUGAACGUGCACAUGAACCCCCCCCAGGUGAAGGCGACCAUCAUCAGUGAGCAGCAGGCCAAGUCCCUGCUCAAGAAUGAGAACACGCGCAACGAGUGCAGCGGCGAGAUCCUGAACAACUGCUGCGUGAUGGAGUAUCACCAGGCCACGGGCACCCUCAGCGCCCACUUCAGAAACAUGUCACUGAAAAGAAUCAAGCGUGCCGAUAGGCGUGGAGCAGAGUCCGUGACGGAGGAGAAGUUCACGGUCCUGUUCGAGUCACAGUUCAGUGUCGGCAGCAACGAGCUGGUGUUCCAGGUGAAGACCCUGUCCCUCCCUGUGGUUGUCAUAGUUCAUGGCAGCCAGGACCAUAAUGCUACCGCCACCGUGCUGUGGGACAAUGCCUUUGCUGAGCCGGGCAGGGUGCCCUUUGCCGUACCUGACAAGGUGCUGUGGCCGCAGCUGUGUGAAGCGCUCAACAUGAAAUUCAAGGCCGAAGUGCAGAGCAACCGGGGCCUGACCAAGGAGAACCUUGUGUUCCUGGCACAGAAACUGUUCAACAGCAGCAGCAACCACCUCGAGGACUACAACAGCAUGUCCGUGUCCUGGUCGCAGUUCAACCGGGAGAACCUGCCCGGCUGGAACUACACCUUCUGGCAGUGGUUCGACGGCGUGAUGGAGGUGCUGAAGAAACACCAUAAGCCUCAUUGGAACGACGGGGCUAUCCUAGGCUUUGUGAACAAGCAACAAGCCCACGACCUGCUCAUCAACAAACCCGAUGGGACCUUUCUGCUGCGCUUCAGCGACUCGGAAAUCGGAGGCAUCACCAUCGCCUGGAAGUUUGACUCUCCGGACCGAAAUCUCUGGAAUCUGAAGCCAUUCACCACGAGGGAUUUCUCCAUUCGGUCCCUGGCGGACCGCCUGGGGGACCUGAGCUACCUCAUCUACGUGUUCCCAGACCGACCCAAGGACGAGGUCUUUGCCAAGUACUACACUCCUGUGCUUGGACCCUGCCCCACAGCAAAAGCAGUUGAUGGAUAUGUGAAGCCGCAGAUCAAGCAAGUGGUCCCUGAGUUCGUCAAUGCAUCUGCAGAUGCUGGAGCCAGCGCCACCUACAUGGACCAGGCUCCUUCCCCAGUGGUGUGCCCUCAGGCUCAUUACAACAUGUACCCACCGAACCCUGACCCUGUCCUUGACCAAGAUGGCGAUUUUGACCUGGAUGAGACCAUGGAUGUGGCCAGGCACGUGGAGGAGCUUUUACGCCGGCCCAUGGACGGUCUCGACCCCCGCCUCUCCCCACCUGCUGGCCUCUUCACCUCUGCUAGAGGCUCCCUGUCCUGAAUGCUCGACUCCAUGCUUAGAAAACCACCUUCAAUGUGAAGAGCCCGAGUCAGUUGUGACUGGAGUAUCUCUGUAUAUACCAAUGGCUUUGCGUUGUGCACGUUUGUGCAGCGAGCAGC